AUGAAGUUGACCCAGUCUCUCAAAAAUGUGUCCCAACCCGGCUUAAGUUUGAAUGUGCGGCAAACUCUGUUUGCGCGAUGUUUGAACCUCGAAUUCGAUGCCCUCCUAUGCCAAGUAAAGAAACUUCCUUUGAAUCAACUGGAAGAAGCCUUUUUGCAUUUGUUUCUGGCCAAGAGCGUACAGCAUGCUCAUGUCCCAUCCGUUGACUUCUUAUGGUAUCGCUUCGUGAUGGGCCGCAAAGUUUUGAUGGUCAAACCGUCCAUGCUUUGUGGGGUCGGGGCUGUCGCGCUUAAUGGCAACAAGCCUUUCAUUCCACCGCAAGUGUGUACCCAUUUUGAGAACUUCUUUGGUGAGGAAAGUGGGGUUGAUGAAUACAGAAACGAACUUUUGCGCAUCAAAGUAGAAAGCUUUGCUAAAAGCACUAGCUGCAAAGUUUCCUUCCGUGAAAAGUGGAAAAUCUUUUUAGAGGAUAUCGACAACGUUGUUCAACCAAAUUGCGAGAUUCGAGUCCGCGACUUUCCAUAUUUGACUCAAUCUCUCGAACAUGCUGAUCGUGAAUUGCUUGAACAGUUAUUGUUUCAUGAGAACAAGAUAUCCAUCCACAAUUCAUCUUCUUUGCCUUUGCUUCUUAACAUGGCCUUAUUGCAACCCAAAUUAGAUGCCGAUUUCAAGAUCAGAUUGUUUUGCGAAUUUCGUGAUACUCAUAAGUCUCUUGAUUAUAAUGACAGUAUUUCAAUCUUGUUUCGAGUAUUGCGCAGUGACGUUUAUCGUUCUACUAAGCUUAUGCAAUAUUUGACUAAUAAUUGCCUAACUGUGCCUCCACUUGGUGCUAAAUGCUUUCUCGACACAACAGAUGCACAAAUUUAG